GGCGGAGGCGGCGCCGUCGGAGGAGGAGGAGCAGGGCACUGCGGCUGGCCCCGGAUCGGGCGCCAGAGCGGCAGCAGCUUCAGCAGCAGCAGCGGCGGCCCGGGCCGAUGCAGCGGGACGCACCGCCCCGAGCCCCAGCCCCGGCGCCCCGGCUCCCCGCGCCCCCGAUCGGGGCCGCGGCCAGCGGUGGCGGAGGCGGAGGCGGGGGCAGCGGCGGCGGCGGAGGCGCCUCUGCAGCCCCGGCUCCCCCUGGCCUCCCGGGAACUACAAGUCCCAGGGGGCCUGGCGGUGGGCGGCGGGCGGAAGAGGCGGGGUCGGCGCCGCGAGGCCGGAAAUGGCCUUGGAGGCGGAAGUGGCGCGGCCGUGGAGGGGCCUGGAACGCGGCUGCGGGACCCGGGGCGGGAGCGGCGACAGCAGCAGCAGCGGCGGCGGCAGGGGGCGGCGGCAGCGCGCUGGAGGCGGCAAUGGCAAAGCAGUACGACUCGGUAGAGUGCCCCUUUUGUGAUGAAGUGACCAAAUACGAGAAGCUCGCCAAAAUCGGCCAAGGCACCUUCGGGGAGGUGUUUAAGGCCAAGCACCGCCAGACCGGUGAGAAGGUGGCUUUGAAGAAGGUGCUGAUGGAAAACGAGAAGGAGGGGUUCCCCAUUACAGCCUUGCGGGAGAUCAAGAUCCUCCAGCUACUAAAACACGAGAAUGUGGUCAACUUGAUUGAGAUUUGCCGAACCAAAGCGUCUCCCUAUAAUCGCUGCAAAGGCAGUAUAUACCUGGUGUUUGACUUCUGCGAGCAUGACCUUGCUGGGCUGCUGAGCAAUGUCUUGGUCAAGUUCACGCUCUCUGAGAUCAAGAGGGUAAUGCAGAUGCUGCUCAACGGUCUCUACUACAUCCACAGGAACAAGAUCCUGCACAGGGACAUGAAGGCUGCUAAUGUGCUCAUCACCCGUGAUGGAGUCCUAAAGCUGGCAGACUUUGGGCUGGCCCGGGCCUUCAGCCUAGCCAAGAACAGCCAGCCCAACCGGUAUACCAACCGUGUGGUGACACUCUGGUACCGGCCCCCGGAGCUGUUGCUCGGGGAGCGGGACUACGGCCCCCCCAUUGACCUAUGGGGUGCAGGGUGCAUCAUGGCAGAGAUGUGGACCCGGAGCCCUAUCAUGCAGGGCAACACAGAGCAGCACCAGCUUGCCCUCAUCAGCCAGCUCUGUGGCUCCAUCACCCCAGAGGUAUGGCCAAACGUGGACAAAUAUGAGCUGUUUGAGAAGCUGGAGCUGGUCAAGGGCCAGAAGCGGAAGGUGAAGGAGAGGCUGAAGGCCUAUGUGCGUGACCCUUACGCACUGGACCUCAUCGACAAGCUGCUGGUGCUGGAUCCUGCACAGCGCAUUGACAGUGACGAUGCUCUCAACCAUGACUUCUUCUGGUCCGACCCCAUGCCCUCGGACCUCAAGGGCAUGCUAUCCACCCACCUGACGUCCAUGUUCGAGUACUUGGCGCCACCACGCCGGAAGGGCAGCCAGAUUACCCAGCAGUCGACCAACCAGAGCCGAAAUCCCACCACUACCAACCAGACAGAGUUUGAACGUGUCUUCUGAGGGUGGGCACUUUUCUUUAGGGCUAUUGUUUUAUGUUUUCUUCUGCUGUGUGACUUGCAUUGUGGAGAUGCUGAGGCAUUUAAGUUUUUUCUCUAGUGCAUAUUUUGUUUAAUCCUCACCCCGGGUAGUGGGAACAACCAGUCAAGUGGACUGGAGUGAAAUGUCCAUUGGCUGAAAGGCCAUGAAGGCACUGGGACUGUCUUGCCUCAUUCCCUGGCUUUCUGGAUGGUGUCCAGAGGGUCUCCAUUUACCUUAGGACAUGAAUGGGGUGGAAGGAGAGGCUCACCCCACAGUAACUUUCUAAGAGCUCCCAGCAUGAUGGGUGGAGGGGACAGGUCCCUCGCCCACCUCCAACCCUCCUCUUGGGAUGAGAAACGAGUGGAGAACAGAGCUGGCCCCAGGAAUGGGCUGCUCUUAGCCUGACCCUCAGAAGCACUGGGGCCAGUGAAAACCCUGUUUCUUCAGUAAAAUUUUAUUGUGUUUCUUUUGUUCAGUUGAAAGACAUUCCUGGAUGCAGUUUGGUCAGUUACAAUUAAAAGUUGACUUU